GAACUAUAGUUGGGGGAAAUAUUGUACCGAAAUUUAUUGUAAGGAUUUCGAAGAGACCUUAUUGGCUUCGAAGAGAGGUAUAUUUGGGGUUUUGUUUGGUCCUCUUGCUUGCAGGCAGGGGUUUUUCGUAGAGAUGUCAGUUGGGCUUAGCUGUUUUGCGGAAGAAUUUGGUGGGUUUUGGACGGUUACAUUCUUGUCAACGGUCUUAGUAGAAUAGCCGAGCAGAUUUUAAUGAAGCUAAAAACAGAGAGUGAGCCUAACGCUUGGAGGGAGUUCUAUUGAGAUUUGUAUGGGAGGGGAGAUCAUUUGCCUUGCGAGAAAAGCUCAGUUCGCUGCUUGAAGCCUCAGCAAAGCAACAAACUAAGUUUGUUAGACCUAUCUGGCGAUUGUUUUGUAUUUUUAUGAAGGGUUCGAGGGGCAGCUCAGCAGGCAGUAUGUAAAUUGAGGAGGGAUCUGUGCAUCAAUUGCGCCGCCUGCUCAGCUUUAAGCGCUUUUAAAUUGGCGGAGUGGAAUUUGGUAGAAGACCUGGGCAAUUGAAGAAGAACGGAGGAGAGGCAAAGCGAGAGGGAAAUAUGUCUCCUCUUCCCGACCUGGUGUUGAAAGAUAGCUGCACGGGAUGUCGUGGAACAGCAGACCUCUACGGUAGCAAUUGUGGUCACUUAACUCUUUGCUUGAAGUGUGGAAAGUCUAUGGCAGAGACUCAGGCUCCUUGUUCUGAGUGCGGCACCCCUGUCACUCGUCUGAUUAGGGAGUAUAAUGUGCGUGCAAAUACUAUCAACAAGCAGCACUUUAUCGGUCGCUUCUUACAGGGGCAGCCGAUGUUCUCGAAGAAGAAAUCUGGGGGUCCAAGGUGGAGUUUGCAGCGUGAAGGUCUUACGGGGCGCCAGUUGUCCGAAGCACAGAGGGAAAAAUUCAAACAAAAGCUGUGGAUACUAGAGGACGAUAUCGGUCUGCAGCAGUUUCAAGGACAGCUUGAAGGAGGACAGCAAGCAACAUACUUUACUCUUUCGAUGCAUGGUUCUGAGUUUACUGCCUCUCCAGCUGGGGCCUGGUAUAAUUUCAACAAAGUAGCCCACUACAAGCAGUUAACAUUGGAGGAAGCGGAGGAGCAAAUGAAAAAUCGUCGUAAGACAGCUGAUGGCUACCAAAGAUGGAUGAUGAAAGCUUCUAAUCCAGAUAUAGACAAGCUGCCUGGUUCUGGGGGUGCUGGUGGAGGGCGUGGCAGGAAAGUGGGUGCUGAUGACGAUGACAUGGGUUCUGAUAAGGGGGAGGAUGAGGAUGAAGAGUUUGGAGGGAAGAAGAGGUUAAAUUUGAAUAAAACUGCUAAAGGAGGUGAUGACGAUGGUGAAGAUGCUGCAAACGACAUAGACAUGGAUGAGGAGGAGCCAGAACGAGGUGAUGAUUGGGAACAUGAAGAAACGUUUACAGAUGAUGAUGAGGCAGUGGGCAACGAUCCAGAAGAGCGGGAGGAGCAAGUUCCUGAAGGACCAGCUCCACCAGAAAUCAAACAGGAAGAAGAAGACGAAGAAGAUGAGAAAGAGGGGCAGCAGAACGAGGAGGGGCAAGGAGGUUUAAGUAAGUCCGGUCGUGAGCUCAAGAAGUUGCUUGGUAAACAGGGUUUCGAUGACUCUGAUGGUGGUGACAAUGAUAAACAAGCUCUAGACGAAUCUGAUGGUGAUGACGAUGUUGACUUGGACAAUGACGAAGUAGGAAUGUCCCCAGUUUUAGCUCCAGCAUUGAAAAAGAAGGAUGCCCCCAAGGAAACUCCCGCAGAACCUACUCCAGCUAAAGCAGGGAACGUGAAAUCAGCGGCAGCUGGCUCAUCAAAGGGAAAGCGGAAAGCUCCUGCUGCAGGAGAUGACACCAAACUCAUCAGCAACAAGAAGGCCAAAGCAGGAGAUGCGGAUAAGGGGUCGAAAACAGCUGCGGGGAAAAAGGAAUCUAACAAAAAUGCGCCUGCUAAAGGAACACCUGCUCCAGCUUCUGCAGCUGCUAAGCCUGCGGCAGCUGCAGGAAAUUUGGAAGAUGAAGUGAAAGCUUUCUUACGACAGACUGGCCCCGUGAAGAGCAAUGAGCUGGUUACCAGGUUCAAGAACCGACUAAAAUCCCCAGAGGACAAGUCUGCUUUUGCUGCAAUGUUGAAGAGAAUAUCUCGUAUCGAUAAAAAGGAUGGUGUAAGUUAUAUUGUUUUGCGCUAGGCGUGAGAACUGGGUAUUAAGUUCCUGACAAGACGUCUUCAUUGGUCGUACAUGAAUUUCCUGAAACUUAAGUUGGAAACUCCCUUGUACAGAGUGAAGUCCAAUAGAGAUGCACGAUAUGUUGUUUAUUUCAGAAUUCUCAUUUCACUUUUCUUGCGUAGUUUUAAAUUGAAAUUUUAGGUAGGAAGGUGCUCACGUCAGCAGAGACCGUUGCAAAAAAUGUUAUGUUUAUAACUUGAGGUUCUCAUGUUAACAGACAUUGUCUGAAAAAUUGCGAUAUUUUCAGUUUGCCAACUUACUUGUCCAACAAGAAAAGUAAAUAAAAAUUUAACUGUGAAA